CCCGCUUCUUCUAUAAAGUGCAGGAUUGCUGGUGCUGCGGCUGAACCCGUUCCUAGAUGUUGGCGCCUGAGUGAACUGACCAUCAGAUUCCUCCAAAGAAAAGGGAGACCCGGAUGCAAAGCCCCUCAGUAUCCCACCUACCCUCAUUACCGCCAUCCUUCCCAACAGAAGACUAAGUGCUUGGUACAAGAUUGCCAUUGACAAAGAAGAAGAAGUUUAGAUCUAGUAAAUAGUACAGGGGAUUGCCUCAGAUUCAUCAUGAUCGAAGACAAUAAGGAGAACAAAGAGUAUUCCUUGGAAAGAGGAAGAGCAACUCUCAUUUUUUCCUUGAAGAAUGAAGUUGGAGGACUUAUAAGGGCACUGAAAAUCUUCCAGGAGAAGCAUGUGAACCUGUUACAUAUUGAGUCUCGAAAAUCAAAAAGAAGAAAUUCAGAAUUUGAGAUUUUUGUUGACUGUGAUAUCAACAGAGAACAACUGAGUGAUAUUUUUCAUCUGCUGAAGUCUCAUACUAAUGUUCUCUCUGUGAACCCACCAGAUAAUUUGACUGUAAAGGAAGAUGGUAUGGAAACUGUUCCUUGGUUUCCGAAGAAGAUCUCUGACCUGGAUUUUUGCGCUACCAGAGUUCUGAUGUAUGGAUCUGAACUUGAUGCCAAUCAUCCUGGCUUCAAAGACAAUGUGUACCGUAAAAGACGGAAGUAUUUUUCAGAGUUGGCUAUGAACUAUAAAUACGGAGAUCCCAUUCCCAAGGUUGAAUUCACUGAAGAAGAGAUUAAUACCUGGGGAACUGUUUUCCGAGAGCUCAACAAACUCUACCCAACCCAUGCUUGCCGAGAGUACCUCAAAAACUUACCUUUGCUUUCUAAACAUUGUGGCUAUCGGGAGGAUAAUAUUCCACAACUGGAGGAUGUCUCAAACUUUUUAAAAGAGCGCACAGGGUUUUCCAUCCGCCCUGUGGCUGGCUACUUAUCACCAAGAGAUUUCCUAUCAGGUUUGGCCUUUCGAGUUUUUCACUGCACUCAGUAUGUGAGGCACAGUUCAGAUCCCCUCUACACCCCAGAGCCAGAUACCUGCCAUGAACUCUUAGGUCAUGUUCCACUCUUGGCUGAACCUAGUUUUGCUCAGUUCUCCCAAGAAAUUGGUUUGGCAUCACUUGGAGCUUCAGAAGAGGCUGUUCAGAAGCUGGCAACGUGCUACUUUUUCACUGUGGAAUUUGGUUUGUGUAAGCAAGAUGGGCAGCUAAGAGUCUUUGGUGCUGGCUUACUUUCUUCUAUCAGUGAACUCAAACACGCACUUUCUGGACAUGCCAAAGUAAAGCCCUUUGAUCCCAAGAUUACUUGCAAACAAGAAUGUCUUAUCACAACCUUUCAAGAUGUCUAUUUUGUAUCUGAAAGCUUUGAAGAUGCAAAGGAGAAAAUGAGAGAAUUUGCCAAAACAACUAAGCGUCCAUUUGGGGUGAAGUAUAAUCCAUAUACUCAGAGUAUUCAGAUCCUGAAAGACACCAAGAGCAUAACCAGUGCUAUGAAUGAGCUGCGGCGUGAUCUAGAUGUCAUCAGUGAUGCCCUCACUAAGGUCAGCAGGCAGCUGAGUAUGUGGCAGUCAUCCUCCUAAACCUGAAGGCAUUUGAGCAUCAGUUCAGAGCCUGUGGGCCAACUGUUGCUUUUCCUGAAGACCUGAUUCUGAAGGGACAGCAACUUCUGGCAAAACAAUAUUCUCUAAUCUCACUGUUUAAUGAGUCACUGGUCUCUGAAAAUGUGUACCUCUGUAUACUCUAUCUACCUUCUUUUUUUUUUUUGUCUUUGUUUUUGUAACGGCUGUAGUGACAUUUAAUUUAUAGAUCAUGAAAUUCACUGGCCACCUCUUUUUUUUGAGGCCAGGGCUUGCUAAGUAGCCUAGGCAGGCCUUGAAUUUGCAAUCAUCCUGCCUCAGCCUCUCAAGUAGCUGGGCUUACAGGUGCAUGCCAUCAAGCCCAGUUGACCACUCAUUUUUAAUAGAGAAGUAAUCUGGCCUAAUGAAUAGAUAUGGUCUCAGCAUAACUCUAUUUUUUCCAUCCUUCCUGAGUAAAAUGAAUGAUCAGGCCCCUUAGAAUACCUUUGUGAGUGUUGUGAAGUUCACCCCAUAUUGUUACCAGUAUCUGUUACUUAUUGCUGCAUUUAUGUCAACCGCAAUCACAUUCAUUCACACACCUAAACUUGAGACCAGCUCUGUCUGCUGCUGGUAUGAGUAAAGAGAUCUCUGUGGAGCAUGCCUAGCAGAGUGCAAGUAGUCCAGGUGUAGGUGCAGUGUCUUAUUGGGAUACAGCAGUAGGUAAGACUGAAGGGUUGAUUGGGGUGUAAUUCUUGAGCCUAGGCUAUGAAUUUCACAUUUGGGUUUGUAGGCACUAGAAAGGCCCUUCCCAAGUGAUCCUCCUCCUUGAAACAUUUUCCUUUCUAUGACAUUGCAUCCUACUGGUUUUUUCCUAGAUUAUCUGUCCUACUCAUGAGGCCCAGGGGACCGUGGUGGGGACAACACUUGAAUGGCCUUGCACUCAGGCAUGCAGUCUUGGUAUCAUAGUGGUGUUGUCCCCAGGCUAGCAGGAGUCAGUGUUGUCAAAGGGAGAGUUAAGACUGAGACAGUAGAGAGAAACAUACCGUGUAAGUGGGAAAGGCAAUUAUGUACUUUAUUUCUGAGGCCAAAAAUAAGAAGGCAAAAGGUAAGGGUAGACGGGGAGGAAAAGGAUGGAGGAAAUGGAAUGUUAGGAAGAUUGUCGAGGAGAGUAUUUUAGGUCUGAGCCUAUAAAUAUGCAAGGGUUGCAAGGAUCAGUUAUUUUUUUUUAAUGCAAUGUCAGCUUGGUAACAGGGAUAAGCAAUUUUGUUACCUUUUUGUUACUGUAGGAAGAUACCUGAAACCAUCAACUAAGGAAGAGGAAAAGUUUAUUUUGGUUCACAAUUUUGGAGGUUUCAGUCAGUGGUUGGUUGGCCUUGUUGCUUUUAGGCCCGUGAUGAGGAAGCAGAUGGUGGGGAACAUCUGACAGAGGAAAACCAUUCACCUUAUGUUGGGGUAGGGGAGAGAGGGGAGAGACUAGGGUCCCACAGUCUCUUCAGGGCAUGCCUUCAAUGACAGGAACAGGUCCUGCUACACCCUACCUCUUAAAGUUUCCAGCCUCUGCCAAAAGCACCAAGCUGAGGACUAAGCCUUUAACAUAUUGGCCUUUGGGAGCCAUUAGAUGCAAACCUUAGCCGCAGUUGUGCUAUAAAUGGGUGAACCUGGACUCCCAGUGAUGUCCUGGGCCUCUUUCAUUUUCUUUUUGCUCCCCCAUCCACUAAAUGGAGAUGUACCUCAAAUUUCUGUCUUUAGCGCUCUUCCCUCCACUGUCUCUUCAUGAGAUGGUCAAUCACAUCCAUGACUUCAGUUUUAAUUUUGGAUUACUCAUAUAUUUGCAGUUUUAAUUCUGGCAUCUUUCUUGAAUUUUUGCCUCUUAAUUCCAGCGGCUUGCUAGUUAUUUCCACCUAGAUGUCCCAUAAAUUAGGCCAAUGCUGCACAGCUUCAUGUGGCCCCAUUCACACGGAAUGAAAGGAGUUGUACAGUGUGACAAACCUGCCAAGUAUCAAAUUCAACAGGUCCAAAGAGGGACUCAGAAUCACUGGAAUAUUCACUCCAUUUGCUUUCUCUAAUUUCUGCUGAUGGCAUAUUAAGGGUCAUAUUUCAGUUGGUUGUCCUGGCUUAAUCAGCUACUUAAAAAUCUCUGCCUUUAUUUUUUUACAAUAGUCAAAUUGCAUACCAUUUAACAUGCUUUAUUUCAAAA